AUGUCGGCAGUAUCUACGAAUGACAAGGCCACAGUAUUGACGCUCAAGAAACGUCUUUCUGAGCCUGAUAGAGACCUUAUGGCUAUCAUUGAUUCGCUCAGCUCCAUCAACAUGGACAAGCAGCUCUUGAAAGAGACAAUGAUUGGUAAAGCCUUGAACAAAGCGGCCAAUGCUGAUGAGACAACACCACGGGCCAAGAAGGCCGCUAAGAACCUCAUGGGGGCUUGGAAGAAGAAGAUCGAUUAUAAGCCUUCAUCAGGUGACCAUUUCACGGGGUAG